AUGAAUAUCAACGAACCCGUUCAGGGCAAAGCCUUUGCGCUUCCCUUCACGAAGGCAGCAGAUCCCAAUGCCAACCUCACCGAUUCAGAGAUGCGUUUGCCAUUGUUGAGCCGAGUGCCUGACAAUAUCCGUAACCACUUCAUCGCCAUGUGCGGAGAAUUUGUCGGAACUGUCCUGUUUCUAUACUUUGCUCUGUCCGGUGCACAAGUCGCGAACAGUAUACCGUCGUCGGGAGGCCAGACUGUAGCGGAGGCUGGCAGCAAUCCCCAGCAGCUGCAGUAUAUUGCGCUUUGCUUUGGCUUCUCGCUUGCUGUGAACGCUUGGGUCUUCUUCAGGAUCAGUGGAGGCUUGUUCAAUCCGGCCGUCACAUUCGGCAUGUGCUUGAUCGGUGCUCUCCCCUGGGUACGCGGUGCUUUGUUGUUCGUCACUCAGAUCCUUGGAGGCAUGGCCGCGGCUGGUUUGGUCCAGUGCAUGUUCCCGGGUGAUCUCAACGUCCGAACAAAACUCGGUGGAGGUACCUCCAUUGCGCAAGGUCUUUUCAUUGAGAUGUUCCUUACUGCCCAGUUGGUCUUCACCAUCUUCAUGCUGGCAGCUGAGAAGCACAAGGGAACCUUCAUCGCGCCCGUGGGUAUCGGUCUUGCUCUGUUCGUCACAGAGCUGUCCGGAGUGUACUUCACGGGUGGUUCGCUAAACCCCGCACGCUCAUUCGGCCCUGCCGUCGUUAACCUCGAGUUUACACACUACCACUGGAUUUAUUGGCUGGGCCCCAUCCUCGGAUCCAUUAUCGCGGCCGGGUUCUACAAAUUCAUCAAGAUUCUCGAAUACGAGACUGCCAACCCAGGUCAAGAUAUGGACCACGCUGCCAAGAUCGAGAAGAAGAAGAAUUUGCUGCUCGCCGCUGGUAUCAACGAGUACGACGCUCAUCAGGUGGCUACAGAGCUUACCGAAAAGGCUGCUGUUGCCGAUGCCGGGGGUCCAGAUGGUGGAGUCGUUGCCAAUGGCCAAGGUCAACGUGACCCACAGUAUGUUCCUCACGUCGGCAUGUACGGGACACAGUUCCGUUCGAACUCUGACGUCAGCAACAAACGCGGUUCUGGUAGCUCAGAGUCAGGCGUCCUACCAUCGCCGCAACGUCCGACUGCUGUGACUACAGGUAGCCAGGUUGGGAGGUUCAGCUACCUAGGUAGUCGCGGUGCCGUACCAGGCAACUCUGCCCAGAUCAACGCUCUAAGAAGAGAGAGCAGACAGGAUAGCCCUGCUAUGACGACGAACGACGAGCUUUACGCUCCUUUGCAGCACGGCGCCGACGUGCCUCUUGGAGGUGCGGUCCUUGAGACUGAACCUAGGCAACGAGUCAACAGGACGCCAUCGAGCUUUGCAUGA